AUGGAGCGAGCAAAUACGUUUAAUGAUAAUGAGCAUGUUAUUGACAUAACUAAUCGCAGUGAUGCUUCCUCGUCUAGCACGUCUGAUGAGCAGCGAUCCAACGGCUUGGAGCAGCAGAGGAGUGAAGAUCAGGGUUCUACUAGUGCGAGGGUUCAGGUUUAUCAACCUCCACUUUUUUCUGGUAGUGGAUCAAACUCGAGGAGCGCACCACUUAUUCGGAGAGGAAAUAGCCGCCGCCGAAGGAGUCCCUUAAAUUCCGGUUUAUGGAUAUCUUUUUUGCUAGUAUUAACAGUGAGUCAAAUUAUUGCCGCGAUUGUUGUCUUGUCUUUGUCAAAGCACGAGCAUCCACAUGCUCCAUUGAAGGAGUGGAUUGUGGGUUAUGCAUUGGGUUGUGUAGGAAUUCUUCCUCUUUUAUAUUGGCGUUUCCGACAUCGAAACCAGGGUUCAGACCAGGAUACAACUCAUCGUCGUCACGAUUCUUCUCAGAACGGCUAUUCCGCAAUUUCUUCAACUAGAAUAGUUUUGGAGCGGGAAGAUCGUUGGGCCACUGGUACUGCAUCUAGAGGCGGCCAAAAUGUAGGAAUACCAAAUUCAAGACUCAAAGCCCUGGUGGAGUACUUCAAGAUGGCUUUAGAUUGCUUCUUUGCCGUUUGGUUUGUAGUCGGCAAUGUGUGGGUUUUCGGAGGUCACGCGUCAUCUGCUGAAGCUCCCAACUUGUACAGGUUAUGUAUAGUUUUUCUUACCUUGAGUUGUAUUGGCUACGCUAUGCCCUUUAUUUUGUGUGCGGCAAUCUGCUGCUGCCUGCCUUGUCUAAUUUCAAUCCUCGGCAUCAGAGAGGAUUUGAUUCAUUAUCGAGGGGCCACUCAAGAAUUAAUUAAUUCUCUGCCAACUUAUAAGUUUAAGGUGAUGAACAAGAAUAGCAGUGACAAGGAGUGUAACCCAGAUGCAGAUGAAGGUGGGAUAGUGGCUGCUGGAACCCAAAAAGAGCGUUUGAUAUCAGGAGAGGAUGCGAUUUGCUGCAUUUGCUUGGCGAAAUACUUGAACAAUGACGACCUGAGGGAGUUGCCUUGCUCGCAUCUCUUUCACAGGGAGUGUGUAGACAAGUGGUUGAAGAUCAACGCCUCCUGUCCACUUUGCAAAGCUGAGGUUGACGAAGAUCAUAUUGAGUCCACCGACUGA